AUGAGUAAUAUACGGGUUCACGACGUUGUCAUUGUCGGCGCUGGACCCUGCGGCCUUGCCGUUGCAGCGCGAUUGUCCGAACGCAUGCCGGCGGCGAACUUCUCAGACGAUGAACAUCAAAGGUACCAUUGGAUUAGGAAACACCGAAAUCAAGCCAGCAUCAAAAACUACAAGACGGGAUUCGAGACACGUCGGAUGUCGUCUACCGCUUCACCAGGCAGUGCGGGCCUAGAUCUUCUAGUGCUCGACGCUACAGAUAACUGUUGGAUGGCACGAUGGGAUACCUUAUUUAAGACCUUCGAUAUAUCUCACCUCCGAAGUCCGAUGUUUUUCCAUGUCGACCCAGCCGAACGAGAUGGUCUGCUGGCAUUUACAUAUAGAAAUGACAGAGGGAGUGAACUCACAGAGCUUCGAGGCUGUGUCGGGAAGGAAUUGAGUAAGCAUCAAAGAAAGAAGAGGGAGAGGGCCGGAAGAAUACCACGGACAGAACCCACUGUUGACGAGCGUGAUCGAAACGAUUAUUUCGUUCCUUCGACACCCCUUUUCGCUUCGCAUUGCGGAUGUCUUAUGGAUCGCUAUGGAUUACGCGACAAUAUCGUAAGCCAUGAAAAAGUAGACGACAUUCGCUACGGCUACCUCGAAGACGUCUCCGAAGCCGACAAGGUCUUCACUGUCCAAACAGAUAGGGGUAUCCAUUACGCAAAGACCGUGGUGUUGGCCGUGGGUGGUAACCCACCCCAGAUCCCUGGCAAUAUCUCGGAGGGAGCGGAGGGAGCAACUCACGCCAUGCAUAUUAAGGAAUUUCCGUCUUCUCAUGUUAGAGCGAAACUGAAAACCAGAUCCUGUGUUAACAUCGUGAUUGUCGGAGGCGGGUUGACCUCGGCUCAAUUGUCUGACCUGGCUAUACGUCGCGGUGUAAACAAGGUGUGGUUGUUGAUGCGUGGACCCCUUAAAGUGAAAUAUUUCGAUAUAGGGCUCGAAUGGGUGGGCAAGUUCCGAAACUUCGAGCAAGCCGCCUUCUGGACAUCCGAUUCCGCUGAGGAGCGAUGGGAGAAGAUAAUGACUGCUCGGAACGGAGGUAGCAUUACGCCUGCAUACAGGAAAGUCCUCGAGCGGCAUAUCUCUACUGGUCGGUUUUCUUUACUACAGAACACUACGAUUAAAGAUAAGAGUUGGGACCCGUGCUCCAAAACUUGGACGGUGUCGCUGUCGGACGAGAGUCAAGAACUCCCUCGAAUCGACCAUAUCUACUUCGCAACUGGCGUUCAGGGUAAUUUCGAAUGCCUUCCCUUCUUGAAGUCAAUGUGCUUCGAUUAUCCUAUUGAGAACUGCGGGGGUAUGCCUUGUAUUACGGAGAAUAUGGCGUGGAGAGAUGACGUCCCCAUGUUCCUAGCCGGCAGACUUGCCGCGUUGCAGCUUGGACCUGGCGCACCGAACCUAAUCGGCGCUAGAAUUGGAGCUGAAAGAAUCGCUUGGUCCAUCCAAGAUAUCCUAGGUGCUGGGGACUGUGGGAACAAUAUUGACUCUAGCAAGGGUGAGUUUGAUUACCUUACUGGAAGAGGUAGUCGCUUUGAUGCCUUAAGUGAGGGCGUAUGA